GCGCUAUAGGAUCUUUGAUAAUGUGCAACAGAACAAAACAGAUGCAACGUACGUAAAGCAACGCAAGCCGCGCGAAAAACGAUUGGGGGAAGUUUUGACAAAUUCUGACAUUCAUUUAUCAAGUUGUUAGGCACAUACUAGUAAACAUAUUUUAACAUGGAUUUGUCAGAUUUUACGAAAGACAAUAGUGAAAAUGCCAUUUUGAAAUCAAUUGUCCCUCAAAUUUGUAAGGAUGAACCGUGUUGCUUAGGCAUCGACGAGGCGGGAAGGGGGCCCGUUCUUGGUCCCAUGGUGUAUGGAGUCAGCUUCUGUCCGUUGUCAUGUAAGGAAAAACUUGAACAGCUUGGAUUUGCCGAUUCCAAGACACUAUCAGAGGAGCAAAGAGAUGAACUUUUCUCCAAGAUCAAGGAUGCUAAUGACUUCUUAGGAUUUGAAGUUGAAAUUCUCUCCCCGAAUUACAUAUCAAAAACAAUGUUAAGACGAACCAAGUACAGCUUGAAUGCCAUCUCUAUGGACUCUGCUAUUGGACUACUGAGACUGGCUAUUGAGCAAGGUGCCAACAUCAAAGAGGUGUAUGUUGACACAGUAGGAGAUGCUAGCAAAUAUCAAGAGAAGCUUCAGGGGUUAUUUCCUCGUCUAGAGAUUACAGUCACUCCAAAGGCUGAUGCCAAGUUUCCUAUAGUCAGUGCUGCUAGUAUAUGUGCUAAGGUUGUUCGUGAUCAAGUCUUGAAAUCCUGGAUAUUUUUUGAGGGUGAUGAUAUUGUCACUAGGGAUUAUGGAAGUGGCUAUCCUUCAGAUCCAGCAACAAAGCAUUGGCUAGCAGACAACAUGGACAAAGUCUUUGGGUAUCCACAGUUUGUGAGAUUCAGUUGGUCCACAACAAGUACACUUUUGGAAAACAAGGCAUACCAUGUACAUUGGGAUGAUGAGGAUGAAGAUGAAAGUGCCAAGGGAACAGCUUCAUUGUUUUCUUUCUUUGCUCCCAAGAAUGCAGACCCAAGAGACAAACAACAUUCAUUUUUUGAGGAGAGACAUCUCAAACGAGUUGAAUCAUUUUGAAAAAUAUGGACAUUGUACGUAGGAUAUUUUUAUAUGCAAGCCAGUAUGGCAGGUACUGCUGCAGAGUUACUUCAAAAAAUGUGGCCAGAUCUACUUAGAUUGAAAUACACAUAGUGACCAGUUUCUCGGUGGCAUAUCACUUACAAUGUGUGGCCCAUUAGAAAUGGGCAUGUACAGGAUAUGUAUGCAGCUUGGAAAAACUAGCUGAUUAUAUCACCAUUUUUCGUGGAUAUUUCACAAAACAUCAAUUGUUUUUUAAGUGAAAUGCACAUUGCCUGUAGUGUACCAGAUGAAAUACCACGCAAAAUUGUGAUUUAACAAGCAACUUCUUUUCUGAGCUGCUUAUAUGUAUCAUUAGAAGUGGCAUACCACUUCUAAUGGUCCCUAGACAGGUAAACUCACUGGUGCUUACAAUAUUGACUGUCUACAGUCUUUAGGCAAAUACAUCUUGUAUCAUACAAUUUUACAUCUGGGAGAUGUUAACUUCUUUCAAAUCCCACUUGAAUAGUGAAGUUUUUAUUGCAAACUCUUGGACAAGAAGGUAUAUAUUAAGGGCAUAUUACAGAAUAAAGGUUGGUAGAGGUGGCAAAACCCCAAAAGCAAAGCUUGUGUGAGGCUUUUAAACACAAAUACCGUUUUGAAGUUCUGUCCAUGGAUCACGAAAAGAUGAGUGUUCUUUCAGCAAAACAAACAAUUCACAUAGGGAUGUGCGUCAAGUUACAACGGACAAACAAACAUCACCGCUAUACUGUAAGAAAAAAAGGGUGUGUGUACAGGGCGAGUAAAAACCGAAAGCCAAAUGUCGGGACCAUUUGUUUUAGUGAAGUUCUGCAUGUAGCACUUUCAAAAUCAAGGAUAUGAAAGCCCAAUUCAUAAGCUUUCUUUUAGUACAAGAAUAAUUCAAAUCACUAAUGUACUUUUUAAGUUACGGAAUUCUAAACAACAAACACCAUUUUAAAGUUCUGUCCAAGGAUCACGAAAAGAUAAGAGUUCUUUCAGCAAAACGAAAACAAUUCACAUAGGGACGUGUGUCAAUUGUUUUCGUUUUGCUGAAAGAACACUUACCUUGCAUUUGAGUGUGUUACUCUUGAUACUCCCGAGUGUAGGAAAAUGUUGCCUGCGCAUUACUCUCGGUGCAGGAGUACACUCCUGAUAUGAUGGGGAGCAUACUCUUGCUAAACGGCGGGUCGUACUCCUGCUGUUCGCGCGCUCAGGAGUACUUGUGUUAACAUGAGUAGCACGCUCGAACGCACCCAAAAAGAUUUCUAGCUUUCAGCCAAGAUUUCAUUUGGAAUAACGUAAAUGUGAAAUAAAUGAACAACAAAUACACAAAAAGAGAAACAAUGCUAAGAAUGGCCCCUUUGUGAUGUAUUUUAUCAUUUUAAUUCUUAAAUUCUGACAUGACCUAUUUUUCAAGGCAAAGUUUUCAUUAGUUUAUUUUUUUUUAACAAAAUAAUAGAAAACUACAAUUUUUGCAUAAAUUGUAUACAAUAAAUAUUUACAUUUCAUUCAAUAUUUUCAGAUGAAAAAUGUAA